AAAUGACUCCAAAAGGCUUUAAAAUAACGGAUUCGGAGCGAAAAACGCGGGUGGGAAUCGCGGUGAAAAAUUACGACGAUCUGAAGAAAAAAACGAUCGACAAAUUCAAAUUGAAAUAUUCUCCGAACCAAAUCAAUUUUCAAACUCCAGAUGGGACUGUCAUUGAGAACGAUGAGUAUUUUCAAACCCUGCCCGCGCAGACGCUACUGAUCUGGGUGAAGGACGGCGAACGAGCCGACACUGAUGCUGAAAUUUUAUACAGAACGAUAAGGGAAGUUAAUGAUGAAUAUUUGAGCGCCGGCGAAAAAGUCCAGGAGUUCUUCACUGAAAAAAUGAAAAAUAAAGUUUUUAAGCUUGCCGAAGUUUUGAGGGGUAUAGACGGGGAUAAAUCCAAGUUAAGCUCGAAAACGGAACACCCUGAAUGGUUUGAAGGGCUUGACACCUUGGCGAAAACAAAAGAGGAAUACAUGUUCAGACGUGCCCAGGACCGUAUCCGCACUUAUUACUACAAAACCAAGGAAGAACUGUCGAAAUCGAAAGUAAACAAUACGAUACCGUCGCAUGAGUUAGAGCGAUUGCUUAGGGAAAUGCAAACUAGACUUAAGCUAAGUAAAUAUCAGGGCCAUUUGUUCGACAGGAGGCGUGCGACUGGAGGAGACGCGCACCUGAGGAGCCUGUGCGACGCCGCGGGCCGGUUCGAGUGCCAGGGCAGGUGGGACAAGCUCGUGUGCCUCUAUCUGCCCGUGCACUCCAUCAACCCGUACCGCAGCCGCGAGGAGCGCAUCGUCUUUCAGACGUGGAACCUCGACCACACCAAGGAGCGGUCUAGGGCCGUGAUACCGGCCGUCAGGGCGACGCUCCAGGAGGAGGGGGGCGUCAUCAAGGGGCGCGACGACUCCUCGGUCGACUACAAGGCGAUCUUUAACGACCUUUUCACCACCAACAACCUCAAAUUUGUGCACAUAGUGUGCCACGAUAAAGGUGCGCACACCACGAAAAUUGCUGGGCCCUAUUUACUUAACUAAAUUUAGGUUUCUUUAAACGGAAUGGUUCAUGGUUGCUUUCGGAGUUUGGCUAAACUAAACUAGAUUUCUACAAAUC